GCGCUGAAAUCGAAUCCAUUCCCGUCCCCUCCCCUCCCCCGCACCGCGACGCCGUCGCCAUCGCCGCCGUCGGAUCCUACCCCCGCCGGAACGCUGUCUCCCUCCUCGCUCGGCCGCUACCUGAGCCCCUCGCCAUCGGGGCGCGCACACCUAUCCCAUUCGCCCCCGUGGGUGCGCACAAUCUCCGCUCCCGCUGCCCUCCAUGGCUGCCGCCUCCGGAGGAGCGGCGCUCGGUGGCCCGCACCCGAACCCUAACGGCGAUGGCCCCAGGCUCCGGUCGCCGCCGGGGAAAGGGAACCCCGUCGCUCUCGCUGACAUCACCAACACCGGGAGGCCCAAACCCACCAGAUCCAUCAGCGUCGCGGACGUCGUCAAGGAGAACGCCAAGUUGCUUCAUCAGCUCAACGAGAAGAUAAAUAUCAUCGAGGUCUGCAGAGUUGAGAUGCACAAGCUCCGACUUGCGCUGCAAGCAUCGUGCCAGCAGAACCUGCAGCUCGCGCAGACCAAUUCUCGGAUGCUUGCGGAACUAAAUAUGGGGAAAGAUAGACUCAAGGCAUUGCAACAUGAGCUUUCAUGUACAACAGCACUGCUUAAAGUGAAGGAUUCGAAACUUGAGAGAAAGAAUAAGACUGCUAAUCAACGACAGCAGGAAGUGAAUUCACAGGAGGCCAUGAAAGCCGUACCUUCCAAGGUUGCAGCUGUUGAGGCUCAUCAAAUUGAUGGUUCGGUCACCAGUGCUGUUGAACACAAUUUGGUUGAAUCUCAAUCUGCUGUGUCAUCAAAUACUGUUUGCCAAGAGGCACCACAAGAUACAACAAAGAAGAGCUGGGGCAGAAAUAAACGGAAGUCAGAAUCAAGUGAAUGUACAAAGGACACUAACAUCAUGCAGGAACACUACAGACCUCAUUUGGAACCUAUUAUAUCGUUGGGUCAUGAAGAUCCGAGAAAGCCUCUGCGGAGAAGGUCUUCUAGACUGAACCCAGGAUCUUGUGAAGUCACAGAAGCUCGCAAGAUGUUGCAUGAGGAAUCUGUAUUCCCUUCAGCUCCUUCCAGUUUAAGUGUUCAAAAACACCAUGGACCAAGCACUGGAAAAGACACAGGGAAGUCACUGCAAAAUGAGUGCAGUGCAAUAGUGCAUGAAGUAAUGGUUUCAAAAUUCAAGAAAAUGGAGAUAAAUGAGCUACCACAAAAGGAAACAAAUUUGAAGGAGAUACAAGAAGCAUGUUCCAGGGUUCCUGGAGUUGAGGCUCAUCAAGUUGGUGAUAAAGCCAACAACACCAAACGGGACCAUUUGGCAGAAACUCAAUCCUCUCUGUCAUUUAAUAUAGUUGAGGCCCCCAAUCCACCAGAAGACACAGGUAACAAGAGGGGUGCAGAUACACAUAAUUUGAAAUUAUGUGAGAGUGGAGAAGAUUCAGCCAUAGACGAUAUAAAUGCCAAAUGUGACUCAAGUACUAGUGAGCCAUUGCGUCGUGAAGAGAAGAGAAACUCUCAAAGUAGAAAAUCUGCAAGAUUGAAUUCAGUAUCCUCUAAGGACGUGGAGAGCAGCACUUUUAAGACUCUGCACGAAGAUAUUAUUGCUCCUCUGGCCUCUUCCAGUUCAAAUGCCUCGAUGGAGCAUAGGACAAAUCAGAAGCAGGCUGAUGGUUGCUCCUCAAUGAAAUCUACCAAAGGUCCGGUGGCAGGGAGGAGGUCACUGAGGCAGGCUGCUGAAAAAGUCGUCUCUUACAAGGAGAUACCCUUGAAUGUUAAGUUGCGACGACCUUAACUACCACUUAGUACUUCCAGGAGAACCGCCCAUUGCACUGCGUUUUGUGUUGUAGACAUGUUGUAGCUUGCUGUUUUUGCCAACCUUAGCAGGUAGGGCCCCGUUUGUGUGCCCCAAAAGUAGGCACUGACUGCAUAUCUAGCUCUGCUUCAAACCGACAAUCGGAAAUGUUGCAGCUUCGUCGAUAUCGGUUGCAGCGAUUGUUCUUGUUCUGAUUGCGUUGCAGUGCACCUAACGCUAGCGAGAUAUGUACCACUUUCUCCUUUUCUUCUAUUUGAGUUGUUUUGACUAUUAUUGUUAACUGUCUGUAGUAUGAUUUAUGAAUAAUGAUUGGCGUGCAUUCUGCGAUCACCCCUAAUUUGGUAAGCUUUUGCUAUGCUGUACCCCUCACAAACUUUAUUUGUCCACGUCACAUCAACAUGGCAGCUUACCUAUAUGCUGCUCUUGUACGGGUUUGUUCUUGCUGAGAAAUCAGAAAUUCUGUUUUUGGUUUCCA